GAUUUUCGCUGUUUCGUAUCGAAUUCAUGUUGAUCAAUAUGAUAUAUUAUACGGAACUUUUAAAAAUUGAACAAUAUUUUCCAAUGUGCCAAAUAAAAUAAGAAUUAAGAUAAAAUUUUGUGGUAAGGAUUCUUGAACUUACCAAAAAUGACAUGAAAUAUCUUUUAGUCAUAUUGAUUAUGUUAUUUCUAUCGAUUAUAUAUGACUCUGAAGGUUCUAAAGGAAGAUUCUUUUGCUAUUCUCAUUUAAUUUUGGCAAAUACAACCAUAGAACAAUGCAUUCUUAGAUCUGAAUUAUAUUACAUAUGUGAUCGUGCUAGAGUGAUUGAUAAUAUACAAAAAAACAAAAUUAUGGAAACAAUAAUUCACAUCAAAAAAUAUUCAAGUUAUCUAAAUAUUUUCAAAAAUUGUACAAAUGAAAAAUCCAAAGGAAUCAAUUUUAAUAUUAUAUUAAUACCACCUAACAAUGUCUCAAAUGAAAUUCCCAAAAACGCGAAAUGCAAUCAGAAUUUUAUAAAACUGGUAUCUGGAAAGCGGCAAGCUUUGUCCCUCAAAUAUCCUUGCUCCGAAUACGUCCUAUUCCUCAUUUAUGGCAAUAACUUGUGGAUAUCGAUGGGCAAAAACGUUCAACUUUUAGCGAAGAGGCACGCUCUCUUUCGGUUCUUAAACAGCGUUUCCUCAUAUGAAAAUUUUUCCAUCGAGGGAAUAAUCAGGGUUUUAUUAAGCGGCUUCACCAAGUUAACCCUCGAUUCCUUGAAAGCCCAAUCUGCACCGAUGGGAAAAUACUCCAAUAUUCCCAUGAUAUCCAACCUCGAUAGGAUUUACGCAGGUGAAACAAGGAAUGGCAAUUACAAUCAGGAAUUCAACGAUUUCGGAAACCAAGGUCAGAGUAAAAACCGUGACAAAGAUACCUUCUUUUUGGAUAAUUAUAGCUUAAUAUCUACUACUCCCAAACCGCCAAAACUUAUCUUCAAAUCGAAAACGAUGAUGAGUAUAAUUGGAUUCAUCUGCGUGUUAUUAGUGACCUUCACGUUUUUCUGUGUCGCUUUCAUGAGGUCUCACCUCUCCAGAUACUUCGCUUCCGCCUCUCCGAUCAUGGUUUGGCAACAUAAGAAGAGGAAAAAAAAAAUUCGAAAAAAAAGUAUAUUCUGGAAUCUAUGGAAACUUACUACAUCAAAACAAAUAGGACAAUGCUGCAAAUUAAUUCGUUGGAUAUGUCCAAUCCACUCGCCGAUAAAUGGCACAAUGCAUGGAUCGAGCAACAAACUGGAGAAGGAGCUCCGCCGACAACCUUGAAUGGUCCUACGUCCUCGCAGGGUAGAGCCCCUUUACAAGCGAAUUUUGCGACAGGUCCGGCAGCUAUCCAAUAAAGGCAAGUAGGAAUGAGGGGGCUCAACUUAAAUUGCUUCAAUUGUGGGGGAAGAGGACACAAGGCCCGGGAGUGUGCGAGUGGAGCGAGUAAUACGUAUACGUUCAACCAAGGGGUCAAUCGUUGGGCUGGGGGCCAGCCUCGGAGAGUGUUCGACGAAGCAGGUUAUUAGCGAGGGAAGCGGAAGAAUUCGCUGACGACGUGUGCUAUUCAAAUUCCGCCGGGCAGCAGAGAUUGAAAGAAUGACAUGUGGGACAAUGCAAGAUUUGGGAAGGAAAGAAAUUCAAAAUGGAGGAGAAAAUUCGAAAUUUGUGGUUAAAAAAAUGUUAAAUCUAAUGUUAAUGGAGCUGAGGUUGAAAUGAAUGACUCCAGGAUUUAAUCAUUAACGCGGCGCCAUGAU